CUGAGCCCGACCGGCUCCUCCAUCUAUCUCCCCUCACUGUCAUGACCCGGCACUCCUUCUCGACCAUCUCCACCAUAUCGGUUGGCUGCAUAUACCGGUGCAGGUCCCAAAGAUCCUCCAUCUCGACCCUGAUCUACAAUGCAUCGAAAUGAUUGACAGCUUCGCAUCCCCCACGUGCGACACGCCGCCACAGUAUCAGCCCGUCGUCCGCACGGUACUGGAGACGAUAUUAUGGAUUGCCAUCAUAGCGGCGUACAUCCCGCAGUACCUGCGCAUUCGCCGGAGUGGGACGACGGGCAUCUCACCCUACUACGUGCUGAACCAUAGUCUCUUCUCCACCACCACGCUCGCCCUCCGCUGCAGUCACAGCAUCUUCUACCCGGCGUUCAACUGCCUCGUCAGCGGCGAGCUCCAGGGGUGGAAGGGCUACUCGGCAUUCUUGGGCUUCUUAGCAGUCAUCGUGCAAUGGCUCUGCGCCGUCAUGCUCGUCGUGGUAUUUAUCUGCCACCGCACAACGGAGCCAUCAUCCGACCUGAUUGAGGCCAGGUGGCUCCCAGACCGCGGGCUACACCCGCACAAGCUGACUUCUAGAAAGAUGGUCAUCGUCCUAUCCUCCUACGUCGGCGCAACUCUGCCCUUGUCCCUAGCCCUCCUUUGCUUCAGCGCGCACCCCUAUUUCCAGCAGGAACAGCCCAGACGGGCCUUCUACGUCGUCUUCUGGUCCGUCUGGGUUGCCCUCCUCUGCGCCGCCGACGCCUUCCUCGUCGUCUUCCAGUUCAUCAAGCAGAUGAAGACGGUUGGGCGUCUGCGGACGGGCGGCUCCCUCAGCAUCGUCUCUGUCGGGAUGCAGACCGUCGUGUUGCUGCUUCUGUCCAUUGCGCAGUUCUACCGCUCGCGGAAGAGUAUUAUCUUGCGCAAGGAGCCGCACAUGGGUUUUGGCCGCUUCGUGCGGGUGUUUGUGUUCGUGUACGGCUGCUUUAGCGUCGAUAUUAUGUACAUAGUGGCCGGGCUGGGGUAUCUGGUUUUGUUCCAGUUGUGUCUGCUGUUUGGAUGGAACGAUAUGUUCGGGGAUCGGUUUGGGAGGAUUCAGCUUAUAUGAUAUGAAGCAGAGGACAUUUGCCGACGUUGUUCGUUAUGCCGUAACGGUGAGCACCAGUGGUGACAUCCUUUGGGUGUUUGCGUAGUCCAGUCGCUGUCGUGUAUAGCUCGCCAACUGCCGCGUUACACCUAUCGUCAUCCUUAUCGCC